AGCGGGAAAUUGAGGGGAAAUCGGGAACAUGGGGAGGGGGCGGCGGGCGCGCGGCCUGGGGCGGCCUCCCGCUCGCCUCUGCCUCCGCACCGCGCCGUGACGCGGGGGUGAUGUCAUCGGUUGGGUGAUGUCACGGCAGGUGAAGGUGAGCCCAGGCCUGGGGGCCGCUCCGGGCCCGAUCAGCCCGCGGAGGAGCCGCUUUAGCGCCGCAUGACGUCAUCGCGCCGCUCCGUGACGUCACAGCCACCCGCGCGCCCCCGCCACACCCAACAUGGCGCCACACCCAAGAUGGCGACGGCGCCACCUCCACCUCCUCCCUCCCCGGCGCGGCACUUCCGGCGAGCCGCCGCCACUUCCGGCGGGGCGCGCCGUCUCUUCCGGUCAUGGCGCCCAGCAUGGCGCCCAGCGUGGCCGAGCGGCUCCUGGCGCGGCUGCAGCAGGCGCCGGCUCCCGGCGGGCUCUGCAGCCUCGAGGCCGCCGCCCAGCUCGGCGUGGACCACCAGGAGCUGGUGGGCGCCGUGAAGAGCCUGCAGGCGCUGGGCGAGGUGAUCGAGGCGGAGGCGCGGACGGCCACGCGCUGGGAGCUGAGCGCCGAGGGCGAGGAGGUGCUGCGGGACGGCAGCCCCGAGGCGCGGCUGUUCCGGAGCCUGCCCGAGGCGGGGCUGCCCCCCCCGUGCCCCCCAGGUGCCCCAGGUGCAGGACGCCAGCCAUUUGGGGAGGGGUCUCCUGGGCCUGGCUGUGCCCCCCAUGCCCCCCGUGCCCCCCAGGUGCCCCAGGUGCAGGACGUGGUGCAGCAGCAGCUGCAGCAGCUCCGGGCCGGGGGGGCCCUGCCCGAGCGCGAGCGCGCCGAGCUCAAGAGGAGGAAGCUGCUGCUGGAAGUGACCCUCAAGUCCUUCUGGAUCCGCAAGGGCAGCGCCUUCAGCACGGCCGUGCCGCGGCCGCACGCCGAGCUCACCGCGGACAUGAUCGCCACGGGCUCCUGGCGCCGGCUGCCCUUCAAACCCUACAACUUCUGCUCGCUGGGGCUGCCCCCGGCCUGCGGGCACCUGCACCCGCUGCUCAAGGUGCGCUCGGAGCUGCGCCAGAUCUUCCUGGAGAUGGGCUUCACGGAGAUGCCCACGGACAAUUUCGUGGAGAGCUCCUUCUGGAACUUCGACGCGCUCUUCCAGCCGCAGCAGCACCCGGCCCGCGACCAGCACGACACCUUCUUCCUGCUGGGUGGGUGCUGGGGGGGCUCGGGGAGCUGCUGAGCCCCCCGUGAGAAGGAAGAGAGGGGUUUUGGGGGGCAUCACACGGGAGUCUCGGCGUUGUUUUGGGGGGCUCAGGAACCUCGCAGCAAUUUGGGGGCCACCCGAGCAGCUGCGGGGCAGUCUGGGGGUCCCAGCUGCCCCCCCACGGCCGCCCCGUCCCCCUCCCCACGCCAGGAGAAGUUCACCCCCGUGAAGCUGUUCUCCAUCGACCGCGUGUUCCGCAACGAGAGCCUGGACGCCACGCACCUGGCCGAGUUCCACCAGGUCGAGGGGCUGGUGGCCGACCGGGGGCUCACCCUGGGCCACCUCAUGGGCACCCUGCGCCAGUUCUUCACCAAGCUGGGGAUCUCGCAGCUGCGCUUCAAACCCGCCUACAACCCCUACACGGAGCCCAGCAUGGAGGUGUUCAGCUACCACCAGGGGCUGAAGAAGUGGGUGGAGGUGGGGAACUCGGGGGUCUUCCGCCCCGAGCUGCUGCUGCCCAUGGGGCUCCCCGACAACGUCUCCGUCAUCGCCUGGGGGCUCUCGCUGGAGCGCCCCACCAUGAUCAAAUACGGCAUCAACAACAUCCGCGAGCUCGUGGGGCACCGCGUCAACCUGCAGAUGGUCUACGACAGCCCCAUGUGCCGCCUGGACGCGUGACCCCCGCCCCGGGGGUCCCCUCCUUCGUGGGGAGGGGUCCCGUCCCCGGAGGGGUCCCGUCCCCAAUAAAGGCCGGUGUCCUGCGCUGC